AAGAGAGAUGCCUGAGUUUUGUGCCGCCUACGGUUGCAAUAACCAGCGAUCACUUCAGACCAGAUCGCGUGGGAUUACCUUUCACAAGUUUCCCACAAAUGAGAGUCUGAGGAGGCAGUGGGAAGUUGCUCUACGAAGGGAAGGUUUCACAGCAACAAAGCACACAAAGCUGUGCAGUGAGCACUUCAAGCCGUAUCAUUUUGACAGGACGGGUCAGAUUGUCCGGCUUAGAGAUGGUGCCAUACCAUCUCUUUUCAACUUCCCGUCUCAUCUCCAAAGACCAGUAGCAACCAGGACCACAAAAGUGGCAAGAAAAGCUGAAGUGGACCUUUCUCAGCAUUUGCCUGAAGCUGAACCUCAGCCCAAUGCA